AAUCAAUAUUUAAAAUGAGUGCAACUCCGCCAAAAACACAUUUGGCUGCCGCCAGUGCCUCCGAGUACAAAACGCCAAAGAAACAAAAAGCAACGACCCGGCGUCCAAAAUCCGCCAGUCUAAAAUCUAUUGAAAAUUUAACAAAUUCGGAUGAAUCAAGUGCCGCUGAGAUCGAGGAGCAAGCACGCACACGUCGCUCAGCCCGCAAGCCAAGUCCCACUAAGAAGUAUCAAGACUAUAGAGCCAAAGUCGAUGAGCAGCGCGUUGUUGUCAAUUAUGUUGAGUGCACGGACGAAGAUGAGUCCCAGACCGAAACUGAGCAAGACCAUGCUGCGGAGAUAGGCAUUGGUGCAGCAAAGCCGAGCACACGGGAUCUACAGCUCAUACAAUCCGACUACAACGUGGCGGGCGCCAGCUUGUUUGGCUUCAAUACGCCCAAGAAAAGGGAUGCCAUGGCAUUGGCUGCGCUCAAUGCGACGCCCUGCACGCCAAAGACACCAAAGACUCCGAGGCUGGGUGUUAAGACCCCAGAUACGAAACGCAAAAAGACAGAUCAACCAAAAACGCCAGCCCAUGUCCGGACACGCGUCAAGCAACAGAUAGCUAAAAUAGUGGCCGACUCUGAUGAGGACUUCUCGGCGGACGACAGCGACUUUCGCCCGACCGACGGCGACUCAUCAUCAAGCAGCAGCAGCAGCAACAGCAGUGACAGAGCCGGCUCAGACAACGACGCUGCAGACGAUGAGUCGAAAACGCCAUGCAAGGCGCGCCGUGCUAUUGUGGUGCCUGUGCUGCCCAAGACGCCGUCGGCAGCGCGUCAGCGGCAGUCGGCGCGCGUGAAGAGAUCCAAUGAAUUUGUGCCAGAGAGCGAUGGCUACUUUCACUCGCACGCCAGCAGCAAGAUACUCACAUCGGAUCACACACUGGAUCGUCUGAAGAAUCCACGACUGGCCGCAGAUCGUUUGUUCAGCCUGUUGGCCGAUAUGAAGGCAUCGGUCGAACACGAGACAGCCAUUAAUGCCAUUAUGGAAGAGUAUCGAUCGUACUUCCCCAAGUGGAUGUGCAUCCUGAACGAGGGCUUUAACAUUCUGCUCUAUGGGCUCGGCUCGAAGCGGCAGCUGCUGCAAUCGUUUCAUCGUGAAAUUCUCAGCCAGCAAACGGUCUUGGUCAUCAACGGAUUCUUUCCCAGUCUGACGCUCAAGGACGUGUUGGACAGCAUCACCGGCGAGAUUCUCGACGCUGGUCCGAGCUCUGCCAAUGCACACGAGGCCGUAGACAUGAUUGAGGAGGAAUUUGCACUGAUACCCGAUACACAUCUGUACCUGAUUGUGCACAAUUUGGACGGUGCCAUGCUUCGUAAUGUCAAAUCUCAGUCCAUCCUAUCACGUCUGGCGCGCGUUCCAAAUAUUCAUCUGCUGGCCUCCAUAGACCACAUCAAUACGCCCUUGCUUUGGGAUCAGAACAAGCUGAGCAACUAUAACUUCUCCUGGUGGGAUUGCACCACCAUGCUGCCCUACACGGAUGAAACGGCCUUCGAGAACUCGCUGUUGGUGCAGAAUUCCGGUGAACUGGCGCUCUCUUCGCUGCGCAGCGUAUUCUCCUCGUUGACAACAAACUCGCGUGGCAUUUACAUGCUGAUUGUGAAGUUUCAGUUGAAGAACAAGGGCAAUGCCAACUAUCAGGGCAUGCUCUUCAAGGACUUGUACUGGAGCUGUCGUGAAGCCUUUCUGGUUAGCUCGGAUCUGGCACUGCGUGCCCAGCUGACCGAGUUCCUGGAUCACAAGCUGGUCAAGUCGAAGCGCAGUGUUGACGGCUCCGAGCAGCUGAACAUUCCAAUUGAUGCGGCUCUUUUGCAACAGUUUCUCGAUGAGCAGGAGAAAAAAUAGCCGCUACGCUGUUUAGAACAUAUUAAUUUAUUAUCUAAUUUGUUAAAUACAAUUACAAUUUGCGUUUGUUUUUUAAAAAGGUUUCCCGUGUUGCUCGUUUUUUCUUUCGCAUUUCGCAUUUCCCCAGUUUUCACUAUAAAGUUCUUCAGCUCCCUUCUUAUUGUUUUCUACACAUUUAGAUUGGCAUGCAUAAAAAUGUUCUUCUAUUAGCUUAAAUAUGUUUGCUUUUGAUAUUAACCAUCUUCAGUUAUCUGGCGGCAUUCGCACAGCCCACUUAAUUGCUUGCAUUUGGUCAAUUGGAAUGAAACGCACAAACAAACGCUUUAAAAAGCAUACAAAUAAAUUAUGCCUAAUAGCACUUAAUUUAUGCCUUGAUUCGAUUUUUGGGAGGCUCUUCGCGAGCUGUGCAAACACCCCGUUUAGCUUAUAUUUCUUGUGCAUUUUAAUUAUAUCAUACGAGAACGGAAUCAAAAAAUCUAUUGCUCUAUAUAUAUUUACACUUGCGCAAAUCAAGCAAAAACUCUCUCCUUCGAUUUGCUUAAUUCCAUCUAUUUUUCGAUUGCAAAAUUCUAUGUGCAUGAAUACCUGAAUCUCAAGUCGUACACAAAUUAAGUUAAGUUUAAACAAUUUGAUCUUAUACAAAUUUGAAUAUUUAUAGUUGGAUUAUCACUUUUACUUUAUUCGUUUCUCGGUUGUCUGUCUCUAUAUCAUUUAUGUUUUCAAAUAAGAUGCGACAAAUGAAAAAUAUGUAAACAAGCCUUGACUAGACUCGAGCUCAGCCUCUCAUCUGUCCCAUUUGUUGGAUCUUUUUGCCACUAAAAAAGUGGCCUCGUUUAUAAGAAAGACUUAGUUGUUGUUUUUUUUUUGCUUACUUUACACAGAGUGCUAAAUUUUGCGUUUAUUUCGACAAUGUUUUGAUGUUGUGUUUCUUUUUAGUUUUUUUUUUUUUUUUUUGUACAAGA